AUGUUCGAGAGGACGCUCCAGGACUUGAUCCGAGGUCUUAGGGCCCACAAGGCGUCCAGCAAGGCGCAGGAGGAUGCGUUUCUCCUGGAAGCCAUGGGCGAGAUUCGGGAGGAGUUGAAGGGCAAGGACAUGGCGUUGAAAGCGGAGGGUAUUAUCAAGACCUGCUAUCUGAUGAUGCUCUAUCCGAUCACACCGCCUUCUGGCUUUGCUUUCCAUGUCGUGGAAGUGAUGAGCUCGCCAAGAUAUCAUCUGAAACAGCUCGGAUACUUUGCUGCCCCUAUGGCAUUCUCAGGCGAGACCGAGGAGGUUGUAUUGACGGUGAACGGUAUCAAGAAGGACCUGAUGUCACCUCAUCUGCCCCUCCCUCCCCUCCCGCUCACAGCCCUCCCGCACCUUCUCUCCCUCUCGCCGUCCCUGUCCCAUACUCUUCAUCCGGACCUCCUGCACCUCCUCACCCACUCGUCACCACGUAUACGGAAGCGCGCCGUACUAUGCCUUCUGCCCUGCUGGGAAGCAUUCCCAGAAGGUCUCCGCGAAGGCUUCCCGAGGCUGCGUGAGCGCCUAGCGGACGACGACCAAGGCGUAGUAGGCGCAUGUGUCAGCGUCGUCAUGGAGCUGGCGAGGAGACAGGGUGGGAAGAACUAUCUUCCCUUGGCACCGGAGCUGUUUGGGAUCUUGACGGGGAGCAGCAACAAUUGGAUCUUGAUCAAGGUGGUCAAGCUGUUUGCGAUAUUGACACCCCUUGAACCGCGGCUGGUACGAAAGCUCUUACCACCAAUAACGAACCUCAUCUCGUCCACCUCGGCCAUCUCGCUAUUAUACGAAUGCGUACGAACAUGCAUCGUAGGCGGGAUGCUCGAUCCGGAUCGGCCGGAGAGUGAUGCACUGGCGAGAGUAUGCGUCGAAAAGCUGGGAGGGUAUCUUCGGGGUGAGGGCGGGGACCAGAAUUUGCGGUACAUCUCGCUUCUUGCUAUGGUCAAGAUCACACCUACACAUCCGCAUAUGGUAGCCGAGUAUCAAGAGGAGAUACUGCAGAGCCUGGACGAUCCAGAUGUUUCGAUAAGAAUGAGGGCACUGGAGCUGGUCACCGCUAUGGUGGACCGUGACAAUCUCCAGUCCAUCUCAGAUCAACUCCUCUCCCAUCUCUCACCCACCUCACCCGACCCGCUCCCUUCCGCCCUCGCCUCCCUCCAAGCUCUCUCCUCCUCCGCACCCCGGGAGACCGCCUCCGCCCUGUCCCUCACGCCCGCAUACCGCCUCCUCCUCACUCAGCGCCUCCUCUCCAUCGUAUCGGCGAAUACUUACGCGAACGUCACGGACUUUGAAUGGGUCAUCUCCCUCCUCGUGGAUAUCAGCUACGUCAGCCAAGUGGACGUCGGGCGGAUCGUCAAGGAGAUGCUGGAGGAUGUUGUGGGGCGUGUUCGGUCCGUCAGGGAAUUUGCGGUCGGGGUGCUGGAGAAGGUAUUGGCGGAUGAGGAGGUCAGGGAGCGGGCUCGGGAUGGGUCGUCAGAAGAGGAAGCAGGCGUCGUACAAGCUGCAGUGUGGAUCUGUGGUGAACACUCCAGCUUCCUCUCUUCUCCGCUAUCAACCAUCACUGCCCUCCUUCCCUCCUCCCUCGCCCACUCUUCACCUCACCUCAUCGCCCUCUCCCUGCACGCCACCCUCAAGAUUCUCGGCACAUACCUCGCUACCUCCUCCUCCCGCUGGUCGGCGGACCAGCACGCCCAGACACGCGAUCUCGUCAGUUCCGUCCAGGCCGGGAUCGCCCCUUUCCUGGGCCACGGCGACAUUGAAGUGCAAGAACGCGCUGCCGAAUUGGACGUCUUUCUCAAAAUCAUUGCUGCGGACCUGGGAUCGCAUAAACCGCCAAUUUCCGCCAAUGCCACCGCCAUAUCCACCGAUAUCCCGGGUCUGGAAGUCGGAUUCGGCUCGUCCACUGGGACUGGACCGGCUGGUGCAGGUGAUCAGCCAAACUACCCGAAAAGCCUCUUCCUCCUCCAACCCCUAUUUACGGCGCAUGAACUCAAUGCCGUCGGAUCGUCGGCGCAGGCGGCUGUUCCCAUCCCGGAGGGACUGGAUCUGGAUAGGGAUAUAGUGCCUGGAGGAGGAUGGGUGGGGGUGGAUGAUGAUGAUAUGCUGGAGUUGGAGAGUGAGGGGGAGAAGGAGGAGGUGGAUCUGGGUCAAGGAGGAGGGGAGGGGAUGGAUGAGCUCAGGAGGGUUAUUAGGGAAGGAGGGAAGAAGGGGAGGGGGAAGGGGAAGGGGAAGGGGAAGAAGACGGAGGAUGGGGUGAUGGAGAGUAAGGAGGAGCGGGAUAGGAGAAGGAGAGAAAGAAGGGAACGACACAAAGACGACCCGUACUACCUCGCCGAGAAGGAUGACGGGUCGGACGAGCUCGACAUUGACGAUAUCCCAAUAGUCCGGCUAGAGCUGGACGAUCCCGAUCCAACCUCGGCCGUUCAGGCGAGCAAAUCGGGUCGGUCGAAAAGCUCGAAGACGAAAGCGAAGAUCAAGGCCAAAGCUCCACCGCCGGACUUUGACCGGAUGGGGGAGAUGCCAGAGGGGGUACCGGCAAGUGCUAUACCAACAGCCAAGGGGGCGAAUGGGGCUGAGAAGGAGAAGAAGGGGUUGGCUGGCGUAGAUCUCUUGGGGGCGGAGUCAGAACCGACGAGGCGAGGAGGUGGAGCAGGAGCAGGAGCAGGGAUGAGUGGGAGAUUUGAGGAGUAUGAUCUGGACCGGGAGGAUAUUGCGAUAAGAGGGAAGGAUGAGGCAGAGAAAACAGGAUCUGGGGACGACGGGGAUGUCCCGGCAGAGUCUGGGGAUAUUCAGGUCAUCAAGGUGAAGAGGAAGAAGAAGAAGAGAGUCGAGGGAGAAUGA